AUGACAGAUCAACCCUUAAAGAAGAUUCUCCACAGACCAGAAACAUCAAGACGGAUGCUGGCCUGGUCUGUUGAGAUUAGUCCAUAUUGCCUACAAUACCGACCUCGAACAACCAUUAAGGCUCAAGCCCUCGCUGAUUUCAUAGCAGAAUGCUCUUUCAACAAAGAGCAAGCGGAAUCCAACGAAGAAAUGCCCAAAAUAAUGAAAGAAAGAAGUAUAGAGCCCCGACAAGAUUUCACAUGGAAAAUGUAUGUGGACGGAGCAUCCGGUGCUGGGGGCAGUGGUGCAGGGAUAAUACUGAAGGGACCUGAAGGAUUCAAAAUUUGUUAUGCCCUACGGUUAGAGUUUAACGCCUCCAACAACGUGGCAGAAUACGAAGCCCUGAUAAACGGAAUGCUGAUAGCAAUGGAAAUAGGGGUAACCGACCUAGCAAUAAAUAGCGACUCCCAGCUAGUAAUCAGCCAGGUGACUGGGGCAUACCAAGCAAGAGAUCCCACCAUGAAAAAGUACCUGACAAAGGUAAAAAGUAUAGAAGUCGAGCUCAGCAAACAAGGAGUUAAAGUGUGGUAUCAAAGAAUACCCAGAGAAGAAAAUGAGGAAGCAAACCUACUUAGCCGUUUGUCUAAAGAAGAAUUAGAACAACUCCCAGAUGAAGUAUACAUACAACAUAUGAACGCGCCUACUUACGGGAAACCCGCUAUGAUAAUGGAAAUCGGGGAAGGAGAGAACUGGAUGGCUCCUUACCUGGAAUAUCUAGAAAAGGGAAAGCUCCAAGAAGAUAAAGCUGCAGCAAGAAAAAUUGUAGCCCGAGCUGCCAAUUACCAAGUAGUAAGAGGAAUCCUAUACAGGAGAGGGAAGUCCAGCCCAUGGCUUCGAUGUGUAGGCCCGGAGGAAGCAACUAGGGUCAUGGAAGAGAUUCACCAAGGAAUCUGUAGAGCUCACGAAGGGGCAGGAACCCUAGCGAAUAAAAUUUUCAGACAAGAAUAUUACUGGCCCACGAUUAAAAAGGAGAUGGAAGAAUUUGUCAGAAAAUGCAAUGUGUCCCAGAGGUUUGCUAACGCAAUCAACAUUCCAACCACUCCACAGUCCAGCAUAUCCAGCAUGUGGUCGUUCUCACAAUGGGGCAUAGAUAUCCUGGGACCUUUUUCCAAGACUACGGGGCAAAAGAAGUUCGUAAUAGUGGCCGUGGAAUACUUUUCAAAAUGGCCAGAGGCAGAGGCAGUUCCCACUAUCACAGUAAGAAAAAUGCUAGAUUUCGUCUGGGGCAACAUCAUCUACAGGUUUGAGGUACCGAGGGUGCUCAUAUAA